AACUAUUUGCCGUGAUCUGAAUAGGUUUAUGUUUUCUCCGAGUUGGAAUUAGGCAUCUGAGCAUCUCAGUCAACUCACAUCUCUUCUUUUGGAAAAAGACCCUAAUAAAUUCUUGCUUCUGGUGGUGAAUUCCAUCUUCAAUUUACACACAUCUGGGUACUAAGGUGUUUCUCUCAAUUCUCAAACCCUAGAAUUCUUUAAUUUCUAGUAACUAUGAAUAGCUGGAUUCCCAAAAAUGUUAUCGAACCCAAAACCGAAAAUGCGGAAUCUUCUGAGACGCAGCCGUUGAUGUCUGACGCUUUCACUUCCCAACUUAGGAAGAUGAUACGGUCGGAGGUAGAUGCCGUUAUGUCUAGAUCAUUGCUUCUUAAGGAGGCUUCACAUGAAUCAAGGAGUUUGCAAUUGCAUUUUGAGCACCAAAGUCAAUUAUCUAAAACCAUUUUCACUGGGAGAAAGUUGCAAGACCAAGGGAUUUCAUUGCAAGUAGUACUGAGAGAUGAUUCUGGGAAUGUUGUACAAGUUGGUGCUGAAUCUUCCAUAAAAAUCAAGAUUGUUGCUCUAAAUAAAGAUAUAUUAACAGGAGAUGACUCGAUUGAAAGUUAUAUUCUCCUGGGGAGGGAAGGCAAAAGACCCCUCUUAGUGGGAAAUUGUGUAAUCACUUUAAGCAAAGGAGUUGCAAAUAUUGAUAAUAUUUUGUUCACAGAUAAUUCAAGUUGGGUUAGAAGUAAGCAAUUCAGAUUAGGGGCUAAAGUUGUGGGAAGUGUUCAUGGAGUGACUAUAAAGGAAGCAGUAAGUGAACCUUUUAUGGUUAAAGAUCAUCGUGGAGAGAGUUACCGGAAAAUGGAGACUCCAGGCCCAGCUGAUGAGGUGUGGCGCUUGCGUCGCAUUGCAAAAGGUGGAAAAGUUAACAAAAGAUUGGCAGAUACAAACAUCAACACAGUGGACGAUCUACGAAAAGCGUAUCUUGCAGAUGCGGUUAAACUUAAGAAAAUUCUUCGAGUUUCAGACAAGAAAUUUGAAGACAUUGUUGAACAUGCUAUGUUAGGGUAUUCAAAUAUUAACCAAUCUGAAUACCUUACUGGUGCACAUGAGGGAAAUUACCAAACACCUCCUGAGUAUGAAAACUUGAAUGAUUUUGUCAAUGAGAACAUGUCCUGGGGAGGGAAGCCAAGCCGAUGGAAGAUUUUGUCAGUGGUCCUAUGGGCCAUAGUAAAGAUGAGAGUUUUAGUCAGAGAAAAACACAAUAUGAUGAUGCUUUACUGCCUUCUUUUUGGCGACAACUAUGAGUUUGAAAGAGAGAAAGUGGUUCAAUUGUGGAUGGCAGCGGGGUUUAUAAAGGAGGAGCCUUUGGAGGAAAAUGGUAAUCGUAUCUUCAAUAUUUUCUUGGACAGAGAUUAUAUUAUACCUUCUAAGGUUAACAUUUCGAGGCAAACUAGGUUGUUUAAAGUGAAUUUGGAACUGGUAUCUGAUGUUUUUGCUAGGGUGGAAUCAAUCAAAGGCUUUAAAAUGAGCAUAGAGGAUGGCGAUGUUAUGGCCAAUCAAUUUGCUGAUUCCUGGCAUAUAUCCGUGCAGUCUAGCAACAUUAACUUAGCAACUUUUGAGUCAUUGAAGAAAUUUGGCAGGCUAAAAACGCUGCUAUUUCUCAAUAGCUCUCUUUUAACACGAGUAGCAUCAGAUUUCUUUUCUACUUUUAAGUUGCUUACAGCACUGGAUUUGAGUGGGAGUUGUAUAACAGAGCUACCUAGUACUAUCCAGGAUGCGACAGAAUUGCGUUAUGUCGAUCUUUCAUGGACAGAGAUCAAUAGAUUGCCGCAGUCUAUAGUUUACUUGCAAAAAUUGCAGACCUUGAGGCUUAAAGGGUGUAUGAAUCUUUUUGAGCUACCUGAGAGAAUGAAAGAGCUCAUUAGUCUUCGCCAUCUAGAUUUUGAUGUUCUUGGCCAAUUGAAUUUGAUGCCGAGAGGAAUAGGACAUCUGACCGAGCUUCGAACAUUACCUGCAUUUAUUGUUGAUGAGGAGAUAAUUAAUGGAGAAAAAUGUUGCAAUAUUAAAGAGUUGAAGCAUAUGAAUAAUCUAUCUGGAGAACUUUGCAUCUCAGGGUUGGAGCAACUUAGUUCAGAGGAUGCACAAGAAGCAGCUUUGAUUGAUAAAAAUCGCCUGAAGUAUCUAGAACUAAGGUGGAGUGAUGUCGUUAACUAUGUUCAAGAGAAGGAACUAGUCCGAGUUCUUGAAGAUUUGAAACCAAAUUCAUGUUUGGAAGAGUUGAAGAUUAUAUGUUUUCCCGGAGAAUCUCUCCCAAAUUGGAUUGGGGAUGAACAAUAUCAAAAGUUAGUUAGUAUUACUUUAUACAAGUGUGAGAACUGCUCCAACUUCCCCUAUUUGGGCCGCCUGCCUAAACUCAAAAAUUUGGAAAUAGUGGAAAUGAAUGGUGUCAAUCAAAUUGAUCACUUUUGCGGCGAUGACAAAAACUGUGCAGCAUUCCCUUUGUUGGAGAAGCUAUCAAUUGAUGGCAUGUACAGUGUGGAGGCAAUAACAAAUGGGAACUUUGCUUGCCUUGUCAAACUGAGCUUGAGUCGGUGUCCCAGCCUAACAACACUCUCCUCAUUUCCUAGGUGUCAAUCUCUCAAGUGUGUGGAAAUAACAGACUGUCCGCUGCUCAAAUAUUUGCCUGAAGAAAUAUUGUCUUCCCUGCUAGAGAGUCUAGUUAUAGAUGCUUGUCCUUUACUCAGUGAAACGUACUCGAAGGGAGGGGAACAUUCACAUGAGAUAGAGCAUGUGACAAAUGUAUGGAUUGAAUUGGAGCAGACUCAAUCUAGCGAUGAAUGCUCUACUGAAGAUGAUAGUUCCACGAAAGAUGCACAUUCAGAUGACAUGCUUGAUGAAGAUGAUUGAGUUAUUAGCCUUAUAGCAAAUGUAGAGCAUUUUUGCCGCCUGCCUUUUCAUUGUAUGUGGAUCACAUGGCAUAAAACACUCAAAGCAAAGGCGCCGCUUGACAUCGUCCUUUGUUUAAGAACGUCUUUCAAUAUAUUUGUAUAAAUUUUCGUCAUUUUUUCAUUUGGGUCUUGAGAUUUUCUUAUCAAAAGUUCAGUUUGACCUCAAACUUAUCACGAUUCGUUUUGACCCCUUUUACAAGAUUUUUCUUUUGGCACGGUGAUGAAGCUGAAGAUUAGUUUCAAGGAGAGGCGAUGUACAUAACUGUUAGAUUUAUUACCUUUUUCCUUUUACCAACAUUGUAUAUUUACGAUUUACCAACAUAAUUUUGUGGGAUAUAAAUUAGUUAAGGUUUGUUUUAUC